CCACAACAACAAAACACCUCUGUGGCCGGUCUCCAAGACUUCGCCAAACUUUCAAAGAGACAACUAAACACGAAAGGCGUAUAGCUUCCCGUGCCUUGAGACAUUCUGAUUCAGUCUGUCCGAAACCUUACUAGCAAGUGUCAUUUUUCUCUAAUAACAAGAUCGCUCCAAAUAUGACGAUACGGGCCGACGACGAAGAAGAAACGAAGUUACAUGUGGCCGUACGAAUGCACAACUUGAAAUUAGUUCGCGCUGCGCUGCGCGAUCGGGGAUUAGAUAUCGAUGCUUUGGGAACUUGUGGCUGGACAGCUUUGCACGAAGCUGCUUCAUGCGGCUAUCAGGACAUUGUAGAGCUUCUCUUAGAAAAUGGUGCUGAUCCCAAUAUUCAGGACAGCGUGCAAAAAUGCACCCCCAUUCAUUUAGCAGCGCGGAAAGGUCAUUUGGAAGUAGUCAGGAGUUUGGUUCAAAGUGGAGCAAGGUUAGAUUUGAAGAAUUCUGAAAGAAAAAUACCUCAGGAUUAUGCUCAAGAACAGUGCAGAGUGUUUCUAAUGAGACAACGUAAGUAUUGAUUGUUUAAAACUUCAGGGCAUGAAGAUAAAAACCAUCACAUUUGGUUAGGACAGAAACCAUUGAAUGAAACUUGCAUUAUCAAUGGUUAUGAAUAUAUCAUCUGUGCUGUUCAAAAGCGGAAGAGCGAUUUGUUGAAUGUGCCUGAGUAUUUGAAUUGUUUAAAAAUGUUUUUUGAAUAUCCUGACAAGGUUUUUCUCUUUGUAUUUUAGUUUUGCUCAUUCGAUUUUUUUAUGUAUGAAAACUUCAAAAUUUCUUACUAGUGACCAAUGGACAUUUUUGUAAUCGAUUGAUUAUCGAAUUAUGUCAGCUGUCUGGGAAAUGUUUUCAGGAGUAAUUCGAGGAAUCAGUAGAACAAUUUUGGGAAUAUUGCCCUCGAGGCUGCGAAAUUAGAGAUAGGCAAUAUUUGUAAUUGUGAAUGGCGUUUUAAUACGUAACCCAAUGCGUGUACACCAUGUGAUUACCAAUCUUUUGUCUCGGUCGCUCCUUUGUUCUGUCGUUUAGACGGGAAAGUCGAGAUUUGUAAGUCCUCGGUAAGCUUAAUACGUGGAUGUUUCUCCUGUAUCUUACAAACUAUUGGUUACGCCAUAACAACGAGUUCUCGACGAGUAAUUUGUUUAGUAUAUAAGCUAACAAAUCUCAGGAAAGAAUGGAAAGAAACUCGUGCUAUUUAUAUAACUUAUAUUAAAACUACAUUUUUUUGCUUGGUUGUUUUUUUUUUUCAAAGGAAUCGACGAUGUUGUAAAGUUAAGCCCGUCUCCUGUAGAAGACAACCAAUCUGUUCAAAGGGUAAGCUACGUGUAAUUUGAUCAAACUGUUUUUUUUGUUUUUUGUUGUUGGCUAUUAACGUUAUUAACUUAUUGUGUAAACAAUAUCUGUAUGAACAGUAGUAUUUCUUGACAUUGCAAGUAUGAAAGUCCAUUUAUAGUUUAGGCUACAGUGAAUGUUAAAUAAACUGAAAUCACGUACACAUAAUGAUUAUUCUAUACUCUCUGGCAGGUAGACAAUAUGGUAGACUAAGUCUAAAGUAAAUAGACACUAUUUUGUUGUUGGUUAUUAACUUAGUAACUUAUUGUGUAAACAAUGUCUGUAUGAACAGUAAUAUUUGUUGACGUUGCAAGUAUGAAAGUCCAUUUAUAGUUUACGCUACAGUGAAUGUUAAUAAACUGAAAUCACGUAGACAUAAUGAUUAUUCCAUUCGUUCAGGCAGUUGGACAAUAGACUAAAAUAAAUGGACAAUAUUAGUCCAUAAUUAAAAAAUUAUAUUCAUACGUGGAGAAACUGUUUUGCAGAUGGGCAGAUUGGUUAGCUAUAUUAAUUUUGAUCUGUUUAAUUUAGGGACAUUGGUCCUGUCACUGACCCAAAUUGAUAUCAUCUUGUUCAUGCUAGAAAAAAAAUUAUCUACAUUUUUGAGUAUUCAAAUCCAUUGGUAUCCCAACAGGUUUACGGUGGUAGAUCAAGCCAAAGCCCAGUUUUGAGCAAAGUGCGACGAUCAUCUCCACAGUGGUCUGAAAGCUCACAGAGUUCAACAGAAAGCAUGUCAUCAACUUGUUCAGGUUGUUGUUCUUUUUUAAAAGUCAUUUUUAUGUUUUAUUAAAACAUCAGAGUUGUAAGCAGAGAAAGGAGUUAAAUGGAAUCAGAGUCAAAAGAAUCGGAAUGUUGUCAGUUUAUUCUGAUUCCUUUUAUGACUGUGUCGCACAUGAUCUAAAGACUGUUUGAAUUCAAGAGAAAGUCAGGUUGAUUUUCAUAAGAUUGUUAUCAGGGUCAAAACCUCUUGCUGUCACUAGCAUGCACUAACCCAUUAGUAACUUUAACUACUGUAGCCCUAAAACAAAACUGAGGAGCAUUGAUUACAGUUCUGUUAUUUGAAUUCCCUCAAAAAUACUUUACUUGUGUAUCAGGCAAGUUAAGAACAGAAUUCACUAGCCUGGUAGCAAAUCCAUUAUAUCCCUGGGCUGUCAUACCCUACUUUAUUUGCAUGCUGUGUUAUGCUAUGUGUUUUUUGACUUCAACUCAUUUGCAAAGGAAAAUCAGUCAUAAACUCUUUUUGUGCAAGCACAAUGUAGCAUUUAACUCGAUAUCAUCCAUAUAAAAACUGUGUUCUGUGUUGUACUGCCUUGGUUCAUCCAUUGUUGAAAAAAUUUUUGUUAAUUAAAUUGAUGAUAAUAUUGUUCAAAAAUAGUAACAAGGAAGUUGAGUAGACCCAAAAAGGGCGUUGGUUGUAAUUAGAUUUUUAGAAUAAUUCUAGAAAAACCAAUCAACCAAUAUGAUUUAAUAGUAUUCACAAUCUUCAGCUGUGGAUUAACAAUUCAAAAAUCCAUUUAGGACAUAUUGUAUGGACUGCAUUCCAGAAUAAAAAUAAAUGGAAUUUACUGAAGAAAUCAGCUUGAAAUAGAAUAUUCUAAUAUAUGUAGAGUUGAAUGACCCAAAGAUCAGAGUAGAAGAGUUUUGUAACAAACUCUUUGCAUAUUCUUAUUCCAGAAUACAACCAAUCGAACACACCCCUAGUCUCAGACAUUAAAAUAAGAAUUGCUUUAUAGCUAGGGGAAAUUAAUAGAAGCUUCAAAGCUUCAAAGAGGAGAUGCAGGGCUGUGCUCUAGGAGAGCCCGCGGGUGGCCCCUUGCGCCCAACUUGUUCUCUCGGGUGACUAGAAAAUAGUAGCUUUUUCAUACAAAUCAUAUGCUGGGCACCCUAGAUUUUAUAGGAUCAAGAGCACUGGGCUCCCUACAAUAAUUAUUUUCCUUACAGCACAACCUUGAGAUGUAGUAGUACUUGCUUACCAAGUGCCUUUUGUAUUAUAGGUUCCAGUGAAAGCUUCUAUGCAUCAUCACCAGAUAUAUAUCAGCCAGGUAUGCAUGCUUUCCAAACUGUCACCUCUUACUAUCGUUAGAAAUACAAUUAUCUUGGGUUGCUUAGUAAAAACUCACAGUGUUUCCAACAUAUUCAUUUGGGAUACCAAAAGCAUUUAUUUGACAAGAAAUCCUUGAAUUAAAGGCAAGCAAAGUAAACCAGUCUUAAAUAGCUAUAAUUUGAAUUAUUCAUCCACAGACUCAACUUUUGGAAGUGCCUUGUACAUUGUAAAAAAAAGAACACAGUCCUUCUGAGUAUUGAUCUAUUUGAAUUAGCCCAUUUAGGAAUUCAUCCAUACGGGUAUAGCAAUCCUUUGAAUGAUUUUGUUUAGAAUUACGUGGCAGUGCCAAGUUUACAUAUUUGAAUAUCUUUUUCUUUUAGGCCCAGGGGAGAUUAAGGUUGCACUUGACUUCAACAGAUCACGACAUACACUGAUAGUUCGAUUGGAGGAAAUCCGAGAUGUCAAGCUACCUGCAGGUAUAAAUAGUAGAUUCCACGAAAAUGAACUUAAAGACUCUUGAAAUCGGUUGAAGCUCUAAAAAACCAACAGCUAUGCAAAAAAUUAUGGCUUCCUGGGUUUAUCAUGCGUGUACUUCCUUGUUGCCACUUAAGGGCACUUUCCAAAGGUCAGAACUGGCCGGUCGGACCAUGGCUGGACCAGACUUUCUGGCAAUGAAGUAGGCUUUCUUCCAAGAGGUUUAGCUAAAAAACCAUCUCCUCUGUGUAUAAUAUUUUGAAUUUGACUGAUCUGGAUGGCUAUAGUUUUGAUUAAAAGUAAAAUUCUCAUUAAGAUUGGAAUGGGUUGGCCGGUCAGUUAUGCCAAAUGGAAAGCACCCUAAGAUUGGAUGAAAGUCUGAAUCCCAUAAUAUUCAACUUUUUACCCCAUGAAAAGUAAUCUGAAAUCAGGGAAAUUCUUGCUACUGGAAUUCAGAAUUCAGAAUCCAGGAAAUUUUGGUUGUGAAAUCCAGACUUGUUGGCUUUGGAAUCCAGAUUUCAUCCUAAUGAUUGGAAAUCCUAGUUCCACGGAUGCCAAAUCUGGAAUCCAGUUCCUGGAAACUGGAAUCUGGAAUCCAAAGCUUGGAAUCCAGAAUCCAAGACUGUCUUAGAUUACCCUACAGAGGGGAAAAACUUUGUCCUGCCGGAAUACAUGAGAGUUAAAGAAAAUGUCUCUUGAUUUUUGGCAGAUCACAACCUGUCCCAUGUUUAUGUUAAAUGCUACAUUGUCCCUGAUUUCAAGAAGGCUACCAAGCGGAAGACAGCUCUCCAUACAUUGUUGCGAAAUGAUGGAGGGCGAAGUUCAAGCGACAGUGUUGCCAGCUGGAGCAGUGAGGACAAUAAUCUGGGGAAACCUUCGGAGAAGAGUAGGGGUAAAAAAUUUGUUUCAUCCCUGAGAAGAGGGUCACGCUUCUCAUCCAAGAAGAAGAGAGACCAGGAUCAAGGUAUUUCUGAUGAAAAUGCUAAUUCCUCUGUCUAGGUUACAAACAUUGAUUUUUGUCUUCUUAAGUGCUUAUCAAGAGGUUUUCCUUAAACACUGCUAUAUCACUUUCAACUCACCUUAAGGACAGUUUUUCUAGCAGGAUGUUCCUUUGUCAAAAAUUUUUCCCUUUAAUAUGUAGAUUCAAGAAAAUAGCAGACAAGCAGCAGGGUUUGAGUCACGGUUUCACAUUGGGGGAGUGAAUUCAUUGUAAUCAGUGUCUGUUCUAAUGGUUAUCAUUGUAAUAGCUUGAAUGUAAGAUGCAUUUUCAGAUCACUUGAAUAGUUUUAAGUGAUGAUGCCAUGGCAAUUUUCCGCUGUGUUGACACCGUCGUGUCCUAUCUGUGGGAAUUUGAGGCAAUUUAUCGGCGAUUUUCUGCGUAAAUCAAUCCACGAGACAGAGACUCAGGGAAAAUUGCAAUAAAAUUUCCAAGGAAAGUGCGGCAAAGAAUGGAUUUUAAAGUGCCUCUGUCAAUGCUAGCAGAAACUCAUAAGGGGUUGACAAACCCCUUAUGGGUUUGUGAUGCUAGCUAAUGCCCCUUUUAGUAAAUAUUAAUGUUAUUUUCGCUGUAUAAACGAAUUAUUUACCACAUGUCUUUUGGAUUCUUUUCCAGUGAGUUCCAUGCCACAAAACAUGGUUGCCAUCUACCGCAUCUCCACGAAGUUCUCCGAGACCUUCCGCUACGAUUCUGCGCACUUGAGAAAGGUCGAUUUUGACACCGCAAACGUACAGCUUGUGGUCAGCGGUCGCAAUCGCGUCACGCUUCAAUCCCAGACUGUUGCCUGUCUAACCGUGCCUCUGGCAAGCUGCGGUAAGAUGACCACACCUCAAUGGCUUCCAUUGGUGUACAGGAUAUUGUUGCCAAGUGGGCAGUGUGUUGAAGAGCAACAACCACUCCAACAAAGCAAGUCUUGGGAAGAUAGACGUACGUAUAAAUCAUUUGAGAUCUAAUUACCGUAGAAACUCGAUUUUUCGAAUCCUCAGUUUCUCGAGAUUCCCGAUAAUUCGAACCCUAACUUCCCUUCACCAGACAAACACCGUAAUUAAGGCCCGAUAAUUCGAACCGUGUCUCUGGCGUAAAAGAGUUCGUAUAUGAUAGGGCCAUUUAUAGAGGGAAAAUAAGACGUGUCUUACAUAAGACGCGAACUGUACCAUUUAUACGAGCAUGUCUUAUCUAAUAAGACGCGUCUUAGCUAAGCCGCGUCUUAUUUUAGACGAAAUGUGCCGUUUAUACGGAAAGUUCGUGUCUUAUUUAAGACGUCUUAUUUUUCCUCGUAUAAAUGGCCCUAUUGUUUCACUUAACAGAGAAACUGAAAUUCGCGGAAUAAUCAUAAUUUUGUUUGAUUUCUUUUUUCAGGCGCGACGUUAACACGGAGAAGUUCGGCCUGGGAUAACGCUAAACUGUCGAUGUCCAUGCCUAACAUAGAAUACGCAACGUCAUCAACCGCUACGUCACAGACGUUUCCACGAACCAGCCAGGGAGGGGAGGGCGGAUUCCCCGUGGAUGGAUCAAAGAAAUACAAGAAGCACAGCGGAGCUGGAAAGAUGCUUAAAAAAGAAAUGAAACUGUUGCAGGGCAAGGGGAAUUACAGAUACGGGAACAGCGCAGCUAGGCGAGAUUCUGAAUAUGAUGCAAGAAAUGAUGAAACCGUUGUGGCCAGCUUUUGCAACGAUGAUAUUGAAGGCCGCUCUCGUGCGACUCUUCCACCUCGACCAAACUACACCGGAAGGGACCUUAAUAGAACUAUGAGGGACCAAAGUAGAGAUAGUGCUGAUAGACUGCGAGAUCAACCCACACAGAGAGUGCACGAAAAUAGAAGAAGUGGUGUCAGGAAUAGUUUGUGCGAUGAUGCACCGGAAGUAGUCGACUUGCAAGACGACGAGCAAGGCUCAAGACCGGAGCUAGAACACAGGUCCUCGUUUGCUCGGUCUCUGAAGUACAGCCGAGCAUUUCAACAGCAGAAAUCUGCAUCUCAUCGGCAGGAUAUUGUCAUCGAUGACAUGGAAAGCGAAGAUCUUGAAGAAGCACCGAAUGUUCCUUUUACAGUUAGUCAGUUUUAUGGACGAAGAAACGGAAUUGCCUGUAGUUAAUUUAUAAUAUUGUAGAUAUAUUUUAAUCGUUAACCCAAGCCUUCGUCUCUCUUCAGUAUUUUCAUGUGAACACAUAAGUGUAAAAAUCUCUUGAAACAUCGAUUCUGCAACUAGCCAGCCAUUGAGGUAGUUUUUGCCGUUCGCGAUAAUUUUUGUUACGUUGGGAAGUUUUGGGAGUUUGAAGCUUGUGUUUGGUGAAUACAGUUUUUUUACUUAAAAACGAACAAAGACAUUUUAAUGCAUGGUAAUUGCAUUUUCUUUUAUAUAAAAUCAACUCGUGUAUUUAUUUCUUUACGUAAUUUCAACAAGACUUGUUUUCGAAGGUUGUUUCCCUACAGAGGGCGUAGUGUAUUUGUAAUUAAUUUAAACUGAAAAGAUUUAUAGAGUUAUUUUAUUAAGUGCUUUGAGAACUGAAGCAACUUUUUGUUAAACCAAAAUGAAAAUUUGAAAAAACAAUUUACAUAAUACAAUAAGUUUAGAGUAAUUAGAGUGUUAUGUAUUUAAAACACAUGCAAACAAAUGGAAAU